GGUUUUUACUUUAUACAAUUCAUAAUGGCGCUGAUUCCACGACAUAUACGUCGAAAUCUCUGCAAAAGGAAUUCCGAGAUCAGAGUGUAUGCUGCUAAUGAGAUAAAAAAAAUCGUGGAAAAGGUACAGAAGAAGAUUUUUGACAGUCCUCAUGAGAAAGAGAAAGUUAUUAAAGAUAUAAUCAACUUGUUGGUGACAAAAUUCGUAGCCUCGACAGUGGAAAACCAUAUAAAGGGAGGACUAAUGGGACUUGCUGCUGUUGUGGGCGGGCUGGCUACAGAUACAAAUGUGUUGGACCCUGCUGUACCUCAUCUUGAGGUAGCAAAACAAAGUAUCUUUAAGUUCCUCAAUAAGAUUUUUGGAGCAAUCUGCAAGCUUUUUGCUUACUCAGAUCUGGCUGUACAAAAUGCCACUCGUACACUCAAUGACAGUCUUCUGGAUAUUGUGAGAAAUCAUAGUGAGCCCCGCACUGAAGAAUUCAUGAAUUUGUUGGUUGAGCGUAUAAAUACACCGAAUCCUUUUGGACGAAAAAUUUUGUUAUCCUGGAUUAAAGUAAUGCACAACGAUCCAGAAGUUGAUAUGCUUGGUUAUCUUCUGAAUAUUAUUGAUGGUAUGUUCAACAUGUUGAGUGAUCCGGAUCGUGAAGUGAAAAACGAAGCUGCUACAAUGUUAUCCAAUUUUCUCCGAGAAACUAAGAUCUCACAAUCUGUAGACUAUGUUGGUGUGAGUCAAGUAUUAUUAUGUAAAGCAGCUCUUCCAGACAAAUUGACUCGGUUGACAGCUAUCACAUGGAUUAGCGAGUUCAUACAACUUGGUAAAAAAGAGCUUGUUCCUUAUUUUGCUAAAAUUGUGGGAGUCAUGUUGGAUAGCAUAUCAGAUAAUGACUACGCGAUAAGAAAGGUUGCCAAUCAGACUAAUAAAAUGUUUAGAAAAAUUGUGAAAUCUUCAAAUGCAGACUGGGAUGUAGUAAGAGCAAUUCUCUCUGUUGUUGCUAGGAAUCUAUCUAGUGAAUGUACCAAAAUCAGAAUCCAAUCAUUGAAAUGGAUAGCAAACUUGUCUCUAAAUCCUGCUGAGAUUUUAUCUUCACAAGAUGACUUGUUGGACAAGCUUCUUAAAAUGUUAUUAGAUCCAUCAACUGAGGUAGUGCGGCAGGCACUUGAGGUGCAUGCAAGAAUGGCCAAGGAUGUCCAGUACUUCAACCGUCUUAUUGCAUAUUUACUGGAUAGUUUUCGGGUUCAAAACUCACUGCUUCAAACCCAUGCUUCGUUGAUUAUUCUUCAAAUGUGUGAACAUUUGGGUGCUGAACGGGUUUACCAGAAACUUGCCGCUGAACUUAAGGAAGAAAAAGACUUAAAUUUUGCCCUUAUUAUGGAACAAAAUCUUGCUUAUUUCACUGGAGUUAUCUGAUCUUAAGGCUCCUUCUCUCCCAAAUUCCACAGGUCAAGGUGGUGCACUGUUUUAGGGAAGCAAACUGUUGUGCUGAUGCUAAUGCUAGAAUAGGAACUUUCCAGGACUCGGAUAUUUUUUAUUAUAACUCCCCUCCCCCUGUGCUUUUGAACUC